AUGUCCCCAGAUGAUGCUGCCAUAUUUGUAGGCCACUACUACUGGCAAGCAUCAUACAAGCAUUUGGAAUUCCAUGAGGGGGAAUGUCUGAUGACCGACGGUUCCACCUGGACCCGCCAACUGCUCCUGAAACCCCAACAUGUAUGCACUGCCUUGAAGAACUUUGCCAAAUACUUUCUUCACCAAUCUCAUGAGGAGAGGGAACAUGCUGAGAAACUGAUGAAGCUUCAGAACCAACAAGGUGACCGAAUCUUCCUUCAGGAUAUCAAGAAACCAGAUUGUGAUGACUGGGAGAGCGGGCUGAAUGCGAUGGAGUGUGCAUUACAUUUGGAAAAAAAUGUGAAUCAGUCACUACUGGAACUACACAAACUGGCCACUGACAAAAAUGACCCCCAUUUGUGUGACUUCAUUGAGACACAUUACCUGAAUGAGCAGGUGAAAGCCAUCAAAGAAUUGGGUGACCACGUGACCAACUUGUGCAAGAUGGGAGCACCUGAAUCUGGCUUGGCAGAAUAUCUCUUUGACAAGCACACCCUGGGAGACAGUGAUAAUGAAAGCUAAGCCUCAGGCUAAUUUCCCCAUAGCCGUGGGGUGGCUUCCCUGGUCACCAAGAGUUAUC